UUACAGAAAAAGAAUGAAGCUGUUUGAUCAAAAUGCAUUUGUUUUUGGUUGUGUUCAUUUUGUGCGAAGAAAAAUAAUUUUCAUGUUGCCCUUACAACGCAGCAUGUAAAGUCUGUAGUCUAGUAUCGUACUGCCUUCGCCAACGUGGUGGGCUGCAGUCAUACGCAGCACAUUAAAGAUAAUGAAAAACAUAUUAACUGUGCAGAAAGUUAGUUCAUCCUAUGCGAAAUAUAUCUUGCUUUACUUUGGCCAUCCAUGAUUACUGAAAGAAUAAGCGCUAAAAAUGGACGACUACAAAGAAGGGAGAGCAGGAAAAAGACUAGUCCAAAGAACUGGCAAAAACAUUGCAUCCACAUGUGUGGAACAUUGCACCUGAAGGGCAUAUGCAAGAUUUUGAUGUACGUCUUCUUUGUCUUCACAGGUUGUAUACAACAGAGGUGCACCCCUGCACAACUGCUGGGGCAUCGUGGACGGCAUGGCAAGGCCCAUUUGCCGCCCUACAGUCAACCAGCGGAUGUACUUUCCAGGCCAUGAAAGGCAGCACUCUGUGAAGUACCAGUCCAUUAUGUGUGCAAAUGGAAUUGUGUGCCAGCUUGAUGGGCCAUAUGCAGGGCACAAGCAUGACGCCCGCAUCUUGCGCCUCAGUGGAUUAUACAAGAAGCUGGAAAGGUUAUCACAGGGCUACUCAUAUGGUAUAUAUGGUGACCCUGCAUAUCCACUGCGUCCUCUGCUAAUGAGGCCUUACGCCGGAGCCACCCUCACACGGCCGCAAGCACUUUUCAAUAAGCACAUGAGCACUGUUCGCCAGGCGGUCGAGUGGGGAUUCGGAAAGACUGUGGCCGAGUUCGCGUUCCUAGAUUUCAAGAAUCAAAAACUCCUGCUGCAGAACGUGGGUCAAAUGUACCGUGUCGGCACUAUACUUCCAAAUUGCCACACGUGUCUGCACGGAAGUCAGAGAGGAAUGUUUCGUGGCCUCCGGGCACCUGACCUGCAGGAAUACUUGAGGUGCAAAUAAAAAAGUUGACUAUUUUGUAAUAAUAAUAAUACCUGGGGUUUUACAUCCCCAAAUCACCACGUGAUUAUGAGAUGCCAUAGUGGAGGGCUCCGG